CAUAAAAACACAAUAAGAGUACUUGAAAUCUCGACUACAACUUUAAUAUGAGGUAUUGAACACUGUACAAAGUUUUAGUUAUUUUUCAGCGAAAACUAUGACCUACGAAUAUAAAGUAACUAAUCAGAUAUUGUUGUCCAAUGAACACUUCUUAUAAUUAUUAUGGUAGCCAAUACAACAAUUACUACGCAUCAGAACACAGAAUUCCCUCUGAUGUGAAAGCUCAUGCGUGUUUAAUGAUCUUAGCAUGGGGUUUCUGUAACCCAAAUGCAAUCAUCAUUUCGAGACACUUCAAGAAAGGUUGGCCAGGUCGGACAAUAAAUAACUUCGCUUACUGGUUUCAGUUUCACAUUAUUCUGCAGUCAUUCACCCUUGCAUUCGUUUUAUUGGCACUAAUGAUUAUUGUUGUACACGUUAUGGGCUACUCAAAUUUAAGUGAUCUUCCCUUCAGCGCCCACCCAGCUUGUGGAUUUGCAAUCGUUGUGCUUACUUUCUCAAAUCCUAUUGUUGCAUGGUUUCUCUGCACGACAAGUGGUCGUCAGAGAGCUAUUACGAAAUAUGUUCAUCAGGUGGCUGGAAUUUUGUCCCAGAUGCUUGCAGUCCCGACGGCCUUAAUCGGACUACAGAUGCCUGCUUUGGGAUAUGGUAUUUGUUCAUCAAAAGUAUAUUCGACACUUUUUGCUAUUACUGUUGUUCUUAACGUCAUCGUUGAAAUAACUCUUGAAGUUAUUGGAUACAAAAUCGGAAAAAAUGUCAAAAUUGUGCGGUCAAUUUUAAGCAUUCAAGCUGAUGAAGCUGACAAACUACUGGCUCGAAUUGAAGAAAAUCUAAGCAGGUAGGUCAGAAAAGUUCUUAAUAAGUAGCUCUUGCUUCGGACUAACUCAGAAGUGCAGUUGAAGAGUAUUAGCUUUCAGACUACACUAAGUACAAAAGACUGUAUCUUCUAUCUUGGAAAACUACGUUUUUUAUGUAAUUAAGCUAUUUUGAUCUCAACGUGCUAUCAAAACUGUAAAACACCUUACUAUAAUAACCAAAUCAUUUUCAAGAAAACGAUAUGAUACGCAUUAAGCUUUAGGCAUUAUUAUAUCAUAAAACGAUUUUAAAUAUUUUUAGCAUUAAGAAACAUUUGAUGGUUAGUGAAGUCUACCAUCUUGUAAGCUGUUUUAAUUUGCAAUAGUGUGCUGUAAAGUGUGAUGUUACGUCCACUCUGUGUUCUAGGAUCUAGAUCUUGUUGCGUUUAUCUGUGCUAUAAUAUACUUUAAAGUUGGUUGCAUCAUUGUAUUUUUCAAACAUAGCAUCAGUCAGUGUUUAUUACUUUCAAGCUUUUCAUGAACAGCUUUGUUAAAUGCAACUGAUUUACUAAUGCGUUCCGAAAAAUGAAGAUGAAUUAGUCUUAUUUUGAAGAAUUUUAGCAAAAAGUAAUGAAUAUAUUUCAAGUAUGCAACUCAGGUUCUAAGAUUUUAUCAGAAUGCAGAACAGUUUUAUCGAAAUGUGCUUUAUAUUUGAAAUAUUAGCAAUAAAAUUAACCAUAUUUGGAUGUUUGUUUUAUUUAUCGGACGAUGUUACUCCAUAUAAGAUGGGAACUGAACUAAUUACAAUUAAAUAAUCAUCAAUUAAGAUGAUAUAAAAUGCUCAGCCAACAAAUGUAGCCUCAAAUCAGUAAAUUUAUCAUUGUUAAAAUUGAAUAUUUAGUCUUUCAAAUUUAUCAAACUGUAAAUAUUGCAUUAUUAUUGUAUAAGUCUGAAACAAACAUUAUCAGGCAAUAAGUUUUUGCUUCUUAGCUUACGAAGAAUAAAGAAACCCGUUUGUUUCAAAGUACAAUAAUGAGUACACAAGAUAUUUGAGUUUCUGGAUUAUCUUCACAGAUUCUCAUUUGCAGGCUCUAUUUAUCAAUACGUCUUCAGGUAACUGCACACAUUUUGGCCAGUCGUUAUGAAAUUAGAUGAAGAUUGUUUGAUGUUUCGCAAAACUUUAUUUGUAUCUUAAAAAUGAAUAUUUGCAACCAGGUGAAAAAAAUCACGAGCUUGUAUGUAGUUUAUAUACAAAACGUUUGCAGCGGCUUGAUAAAGUAAAUUACUAAUAUGUUAAUUUGUGGUUCAUUUAAUAACUAAGAUGUUUACACUUUUUAAAGCUACUUAGCACACUUAUUUUUUCGGUCACUUCGGAGACUUCUUCGAUUUUCACUUAUAAAAGAAAAAAAUGCGGCUUUUUAAUAAUUAAAAUAAUCGUAUCAAGAUUUAAGUGUUAGUGAUUAAAAUUCAAAAAAGAUCCUAGCGUUCACUAUCGUUUCCGCAAAGGAAAAGCUAAAAGCGUUUUUCUACAUCGCUUUGGAUUAUUCGUUCUCACACUGCAGCCUAUAUUGGGAUAUUCAAUUUUACCGACUAUUAUUAUCACUCUCAAUAAAUUAUUGUCUAUCCUUUCAUGAGAUUGGACUACAAGUUUCUUUCAGCCGAUAUAGCUUUUAGAAAAAAAGAAUAUUAGACUGUGGAGUUUUCCCAUUAAAACACUUUCCAGAAUACUGUGUCACUGCCUGCUUUUUAUCGAGUAAGAACAAUUUUUGUCCUCAAUAUACGAGUUUAGUCUAUUCAUUUAGUUACUGUAGACACAAGAAUUCCACUUGGAUUUUAGAACAUAUAAGUAUCUUUAUGUAAGUAAUUGAGAUAAAGAUAUAUUUCAGAAGCUUGUUCACAAUUUUAGACUAGCUUAUCAUAUAGUACCAACCAAUAUAUGUGUCAAGUAACUUCGUAGGUUACAUUAUUUACAAGAUCGCCUACUUAAAGUCAUUUAUAAGCCCUACUAUGUUAAAUAAAUAAACAAAUAAGUAGUACAAUAACUAUUCAUACACAAACCACCAUGUAAAGGCGUGGUUUUCUAAAAAUAAUUUCUAAAUGUUAGAUCAUAUAUAUGAACAUGAGACUGUCCAUCGAAUUAAAGUGAUAUGGAACCUUUUUUCUUGAGAACUCUAAAAUAACAAAAAUAUGAAAGUUUUAAAUCAAAAAUCCCAAGUGAGUGAUACCAUUCAUCUUACAAUUAAUCCUGCAAGAUUUUGAGAUAAAUGUUGAGAUGUCUGGUAGACGGAUGUAAAGUAAAGAACAACUAGAAAUUUUAUAAGACGAAGAACUGAAAAAUGAAACUUUCCCAAAGCGACUUUUAAAUAUUCUGAGCCAUCAUUUAUCUAAGGUAAUACGAGAUUCUUAUUAUUUAGUAUAUUUCUAAUGUUAUCACGGAGUAGUAAGACAGGUAAACUUGCGAAAUUAGCUGCUAUAAGCAUUUCUGUAUGAUUAUCACUAUGAUACACACUAUAAGGCGUUUGCUAAGCAAUUUAUUAUUUAUUUUCAGGAUCCGAAACAUGGAGCUACAUUUUUAGAACACUAUAGGAUAGAACUUAAUCAAAGGUCAAAAAGAGGUGUACCAAAAGAAAUUACCAAAAACCAUACAUUAUGGGUAAUCAAAUACUUUCUUCUUGCUAUGCAUUUGGCGCUCAGUUUUAGCUUGGUAUUUGUCUUAGUUGUACUGUUAGCUGCAUAACGUUUCCCGUGUUUCUUCGGUGGAGUAAAAUAAAGGAAAAGUCAACACUUUUACUUUGAUUUUUUAUGAAGUCAAUUUUUAACUAGUAAAACACAAUCUAUGUCAUACUAAAUAAAAUGUAUACGAACAUUGAA